ACUACUCUUUCACCUUCUUUAUUAAUAUCCUAUAAAAUACAACCUUUCGUUCCCACUUCCCACAUCUCCCGGAUUAGACAUUUCCUUCAUCUUCUUCUAAGAACUUGGGCAACGUCCCUCAAAAGAAAAUCACAAACACUUGCCUACACCUUCACUUCCUUCUAAUAUUGCAUCGAUCACGUCCAAUUGAAGAACUUUGUCAAAAUUUUGGUUAAUUAAUUAGCUUAUCUUUUGGUCGAAGAUUAUAUAUAGGGAAAAUGGAAAGCAGGGUGGCAUAUGAGAAUGAGCUCAACCUCAAGGCAACCGAGCUCAGAUUGAGGUUGCCGGGGACAGAUGAUCGUGAAGAAGCAGCAAUUUUUGGUGCUCGAAACAACAAGCGGCAGUUGCCUGACACAAGCAAGGAAUGCGGAUCAAAGGGUACUUCUGAUGAACAACAUGCUGACCAUGAAACUGCCCCUCCAGCCAAGACACAAAUAGUUGGGUGGCCGCCUGUCAGAUCCUACAGGAAAAACAACUUGCAGCCAAAGAAGACUGAGGCUGAUCAGGCUGCUGGUAUUUACGUGAAAGUAAGCAUGGAUGGAGCCCCUUACCUCAGAAAGAUUGACCUGAAGAUUUACAAAGGCUAUCCAGAACUCCUAAAGGCUUUGGAGAACAUAUUCAAAUUCACCAUAGGUGAGUAUUCAGAGAGGGAUGGCUACAAGGGGUCCGAAUAUGCACCAACUUACGAAGACAAAGAUGGUGACUGGAUGCUGGUUGGAGAUGUUCCGUGGGAUAUGUUCAUGUCAUCCUGCAAAAGGCUGAGAAUCAUGAAAGGACGAUCAGAAGCUAGAGGCUUGGGAGGUGGCGUUUGAGACAGCAACCCAAAAAACUUGCACAAGCAGAGGUUCAUCUCGCAUUUAGAGCAAAUCUCUCAGCUUGGGUUCUCGAAGAAGAAAUUUGGAUGUGAUUUUGGUCUCGUUGCUCACAGUCUGUGGUGCUCGACUGGGAAGCGUAGACAGAAAUAUAUAGCGUUGUUUUAGUUUUUUCCUUAGCAUUUGGCAGGAACAUCUGUGGUAGUUUGAGCAUUUUUUUUUUUUUUUUAUUCUAAUCUAUUACUUCUACUGAUUCUAUCAAGCCCCAACUGCAUUGCACAGAAAUAUUGAUUCGAAAGAAAAUGUAUAAGCGAAAUGAUCCCAUUUGUUUAUUUCAGUUUGGUUUUGUGUUGUUAA